AUGGCAGACCCCCCUGCCUGCUGUGCUGCCUGUGCCACCUGCCUGCUCUGCCCCUACAGCUGCCAGUGCAUCACUGCCAAGAAGGAGAAGAGGAAGGGCCUGAGAACCACCAAGUGUGACUGCAGCUGGUUCCUUUUCCUCUUCUGCGUCUUCCUCUUCACACUGGUGUGGCUCUACUUCGCUAUCAUCAUCCUCAAUGAUUUCCACAACUUCAACGAGUUCAUCUUCAAGCAGAGGAAGUUGUGGCUCGACUGGUCCCUGGUCCUGCUCAUAGCUACGGCUGUGCUGAUCACCUACUCGUCUGUGCUGCUGGUCCUUGCUUUGUGCUUGCAGCUCUGCGGCCAGCCCUUGAAGCUACACUGGCUGCACAAGAUCCUGCUGAUCCUAACUGCCCUGGUGGUGGCUGCAGCCUUCACAGGGCUGGGAAUAAAGUGGGCAGAGGAGUGGAGAAGUGCACGUAUCUCCCUGCAGGCAACGGGUCCCUUCCUGCACAUUGGAGUCGUGGGGGGAAUGACGCUCCUUGCCUGGCCCCUGGCCAGCUUUGUGUACCGCACCCGCAACACAGGUCUCAAGGUGUUUCUGCUGCUUGUGUACUGCGCAGUGAUGAUUGCACUGUAUCUGGCUCCUCUGGGAAUCACCUCCCCUUGUCUCAUGGAGGAGAACCAGCUGCCCCCCAAGCCAGCCCUGGUUGGCCAUCGAGGAGCACCCAUGCUGGCCCCCGAGAACACCCUCAUGUCACUGCACAAGGCAGUGGACUGUGAUGUGCAAGUCUUUGAGACAGACGUCAUGGUGAGUGCUGAUGGGGUCCCAUUCCUCAUGCAUGAUGAGGAACUCACCAGGACCACCAAUGUGCAGGCUGUGUUCCCUGAGAGGGCUGCCCUGAACAGCACUGCCUUCAACUGGACGGACCUCCAGCAGUUGGAUGCUGGCAGCUGGUUUCUGGAGCGGAGGCCGUUUCCCACCGUGCAGAGUCUUUCUGCUGGUGAUCGCCACCAGGCAACUCAGCAGAGGAUCCCCUCCCUGGGACAGGCCCUCGAGGCAGCCAAGCAGAGCAACAUCUCCAUCAUGUUCGACCUCCGGCCUGAGAACCACAGUGACUACCAGAGCUUUGUCAAUGCCACCCUGGCAGUGAUCUUACAGUCAGGCAUCCCGCUGCAGCAGGUCCUCUGGCUUCCAGACGGGUUCAGGGAACAGGUCAAACAGCAAGCCCCAGGUGUUCAGCAAGUCUAUGGCCGGAAGAGACUCCAGAAUGAGAAGGAGCCACUACUGCAUGUCAACCUGCCUUACCAGGACAUGAGCUCUGAGGAGAUCAGGCAGUACCGCCAGGACAACAUCUCUGUCAACUUGUAUGUGGUGAACCAGCCCUGGCUCUUCUCGGUGCUCUGGUGCUCUGGGGUGAGCUCUGUCACCACCAAUGCCUGCCAGGUGCUGAAGGAAAUGAAACACCCCAUCUGGCUGCUUCCCAGCAGCACAUAUCUCAUGAUCUGGAUCGUUGUAGACUGCGUUUCCUUCCUUACCAUCCUCUGGGCCUUCCUCUUGCUGAAGAAAUGCUCCCACAGAAGGCGGCCAGCGGAGUCUGAGACGGAUGUGCUGCUCACAAAGAUCAACAGCUUGAUGCAAGAGUGA